AUGGAAAAAACACUCUAAGCUGAAGAACAAUAACUCAAUGAUCAGUUUAAUUAAGCAUAAGAUGCUUUAGAAGAUAUCAAAUAAAAUUAAGAUUAGGAGGAAAGUAAGACAACUUAAAAGGUGAAGUACUAUCAGUGGGAUGAGGAAAUGACAGAUCAAGCUAAUUCGAUUCUACUCUAGGAAACAAAUUAAAUGACUUAGGAAAUGUAUGCUAAACUUGAAAAAGACGCCAAAAGGAAUUGGGAUAUAUUCUACAAAAAUAAUAAAACUAACUUUUAUAAGGAUAGACAUUACAUUAAGUUUGAGUUCUCUGAACUCUCAGAUCGUAUCUAAAGCAUUCCAGAAGAAGAUAAAACCACCAAAUACAGACUACUAGAUGUGGGUUGUGGAGUCGGAAAUGGUUUUUACCCUCUAUAUAGAGAAUUUUAAGGUAGACUUCUAAUAAACUGCUGUGAUUUUUCACCACGAGCAGUCAACUUCGUGAAAGAACAUGAAUUAUACAAAGCUGAUGAAAUUAAUGCUCAUGUUGUUGAUCUAGUUAACGAUGAGAUUCCUUUUGAAAAGGAAACAGCAGAUUUUGGGAUCAUGCUAUUCGUGCUUUCAGCUAUAUCCCCAGAGAACUUCAAAUCUGUUGCUUAGAAGAUCUAUGAUUAAAUGAAAGAUGAUGGAAUCUUAUACUUCAGAGACUAUGGGAAGUAUGAUCUCGCGCAGCUUAGACUAGCAUAAAGAGGGAAUCAAAAAUUAAAAGACAAUUUUUACAUAAGGAGUGAUAAGACAAGAGCAUAUUAUUUUACAACAGAUGAAGUAAAAGAAAUAUUCGAGAAUGCUGGAUUCACUCAAGUAGAAAAUUAGUAUCAUUAUAGAUUGAUUGAGAAUAGAAAAGACUAGAAAAAGAUGCAUAGAGUAUGGAUUCAAGCUAAAUUCCAAAGAAUAUCAAAACUAGACAAUCAAUCUGAGGAUAAUAAAUAAAUUGAAUAAUAUGAUAAAUUUUGA